UCUCCGACGCGGUGGUUUUUUGGUCGGAAGCCUUUGAGCUUCUGACGUUUUGAUGCUUGAGCCGUUGGGGGAUCCUCGACCGCUCAAGCAUGCUGGAGCCGGCCUGUGCUCCAUCCUCCGAUGACCCUUCGGGGUCUGUCGGUUUAUGGGUCCCUUUCCGAUCCGGCAACCCUCGGCUCUUUCCUGUUGAUCUUGGUAGGGGUUCGUUGGGUUUUCUUUUUUGUCCUGUUUGGUGCAGAUCCGGCGGCUUUCUGUCUUCUCCGGCGGAUCUGAGGCGGCGCACACGAGGGCUUUCAGAUCUACGCCCACUGCGGCUCUCUGCUGGUUCCGAGGGUCUUCCGCCGCCAAAUCGGGUGACCGCACGGCAUCCUGGAGCCUGAUGCUAUUUCUUCAAGGGUAGAUUGAAAGGUGUCCCAUAUGGAUCGGUCGACCGAAGGCCGUGGUAUUUCCGGGGCGUUCGUGGUUGUUCGAGUGCUGAGUGCACCCCCUUCAGGCCUCUGGAUAUGGGUCUACUCUGUUCUUUUGUUCCAGUUGUUUUUACUAUUUGUUAUCUUUGUAGAUGCCGUAUGACGGUCUUUGUAAUGAAUCCAUUCCAUUAUC